GGUGUGUGACAGAAACCAUUGAAUUUUGCAAGCAUAAAAACGAAAAGAUGGCAAAUGGAUUGCAAUGAUACCCUGCACCAACUCUACAAAUAUGAAUAAUAAUAAUAAGAAGAAGAAAACAGCAGCAUCCAUAAAAGGGGUUCUUUAAGCUGGUUGGUUCUUUCCCCGCUUUUAUAUUCCUAAUUAUUUCCCAUGUCACUAUGUUGUGCAAUGAAAGAUAAUUAAUAUCACCACACUUUGUCCACAUUCUCAUUCUCCUCACUCCCAUCAUCUUUUCCAAUGGCCUCCAACGGCGACGCCGUUCAUCCCCACCCUUCCAAAAAGAUCAAACUCUUCAGCAAUUCCAUUAACUCAACUAAUUCCUCGUUUAUCACCCAUGCCGAGAUCGAAUCGGAAUUCUCCCACCACCACCCCACGGUGGCGCGCCUCAACAACGGCGCCUUCGGGUGCUGCCCGGCUUCCGUGAUCGCCGUGCAGCGCGAGUGGCAGAUGAAGAACCUCCGGCAACCGGACCACUUCUACUUCAACGACCUCAAGAAGGGACUCCUUCACUCCCGCACCAUCAUCAAGAACCUCGUCAACGCCGAACACGUGGACGAGAUCUCCCUCGUCGACAACGCCUCCACCGCCACCGCCAUCGUCCUCCAGCAAGCCGCCUGGGCCUUCCAGGAAGCAAAAUUCCAGAAAGGCGACGUGGUCCUCGUGCUCCACUACGCCUACGGCGCCGUCAAGAAAGCCAUCGAGGCCUACGUGGUGCGCGCCGGAGGCACCGUUAUCGAAGUCCCCCUCCCCUUCCCCGUCACCUCCAACGACGACGUAGUCAACGAAUUCCGAAAAGCCCUUGAGAGGGGCAAGUCCCGAGGCAACAGAAUUCGCUUAGCGGUUAUCGACCACGUGACUUCCAUGCCCAGCGUGGUCAUCCCCGUUAAGGACUUGGUUAAAAUCUGCAGAGAGGAGGGUGUGGAGCAGGUAUUCGUGGACGCGGCACACUCGAUUGGGUGCACGCGCGUGGACAUGCAGGAGAUCGGAGCGGACUUCUACACCAGCAACUUGCACAAGUGGUUCUUCUGCCCUCCCUCCGUGGCGUUCCUCUACGCACGUGCCUCCUCUAAGGCACGUGACCUGCACCAUCCCGUGGUGUCGCACGAGUACGGGAAGGGGUUGGCCGUGGAGAGCUCGUGGACCGGGAACAGGGACUACAGCGCGCAGCUGGUGGUUCCGGCGGUUAUGGAGUUCGUGAAAAGGUUCGAGGGUGGGAUUGAAGGGAUCAGAAAGAGGAACCAUGAUUUGGUUGUUGAGAUGGGGGAGAUGCUGGUGGAGGCUUGGGGGACCCACCUUGGGAGUCCUUCGCAUAUGAGUGCUAGCAUGGUGAUGGUGGGUUUGCCUCCUUCUUUGGGUAUUGGGAGUGACUCUGAUGCUCAAAAGCUUAGGACCCGUUUGAGGGAUGAAUUUGAUGUUGAAGUACCAAUUUAUUUUCGUGGUGGGGAAGAUGGCUCUGUUACUGCGUAUGCACGAAUUUCUCGUCAGGUUUACAACAAGGUUGAGGACUAUUAUAAGUUCAGGAAUGCGGUUAAUCAACUUGUGCAAGAUGGGUUUACUUGUGCUCUUCUUUCGGCUUGAAAUUGGGGUAGCCUAUGCUCUGCUCUUAGUUUUAAUUAACUCCUCAAUAACAUAUUCGUCCAUUUUAUAUGUGGGAUACUAUUUGCAAAUGUUGAGUUUGCACUUUGCUGAUUGCGCUAUUUUGCCCGGUCUGUUGAAAAUUUCAUUGUCUAUAUAUCCAAGUAUUUGAGUGGACAUUUGUUGUUUAACAUUUUGACUACUCGUUUCUGCAAUAUUGCACCAUCAGUACUGUAGUGGUCUGGUGGUUGCUUCUUUGAUAUUUUACAACAUUGCUGCUGAAGCACAAAUAAACACUCAUGAUAUCCAUAGGUUUACACUAUUUUGGGUGUAUAA